AAAAUUCAAGAGCAUACAGGGAAGUUCUUGCUUCUAAAAUCCAAGGCUAAAAUCUAGAAAUUACCAGAUACCUCUACUCUCUGCUUCUAGAUUGCUCCCUCUAAUCCUAUAAAUGCAAAGCUCAUCCAUCAUCAUCUGCAUCAGAACAUUGAGUAAAACACAAUAAGCAAUAUCAACCUUUAGCAAAUUCACUUCCAAUCUUCCUAUAAUAAAUAUGGCAAUGAUUCCGAGUAUUUUCGGCAACUCACGGAGCAGUCUCUUCGAUCCUUUCUCCCCUUUCGACCUUUCUGAUCCGUUCAAAGGUUUCCCAUUUCCAUCUUCUUCUUCGCUAAUCUCCGGUGAAAAUUCGGCCUUCGUCAACGCCCGCGUCGACUGGAAGGAGACGCCCGAAGCCCAUGUCUUCAAAGCUGAACUUCCGGGGCUCAAAAAGGAGGAAGUGAAAGUGGAGGUGGAGGAUGACAGAGUUCUUCAGAUCAGCGGAGAGAGGAGUGUUGAGAAGGAAGACAAAAAUGAUAAGUGGCACCGCGUGGAGCGCAGCAGUGGGAAGUUUAUGAGGAGGUUUAGGCUGCCGGAGAAUGCCAAGAUGGAUCAGAUUAAAGCCUCAAUGGAGAAUGGAAUUCUUACUGUGAGUGUUCCUAAGGAGGAGGUUAAGAAACCUGAAGUUAAGUCUAUUGAGAUUUCUGGUUGAGUUACUGUUUCUUGUAAAAAAUCAAAUGACAAAUAAUAGUGUGUGUGUGAUGUAAAAAUAAUAAUAAUAUUAAUUUUCCUUCUUUGUUA